CUCCUGCAGUCGCGAUCGGCUCCUCAGUGCCGCCGAAACUCGGGGGAAGAUAUAUAUAUACUUUGUAUCAUAGUCAUAUCGUUGUGCGACAUAGACGAGGCAGAGUCUAGGCUUCUUUUUUUUAAGAGAUUAUUCGUCAACUACGUCGAUUGAAUUUUUGAGGAACAUUGUUAUUGGAGUGACGAGUUCGCCACUAUGUGGCGAAGGAUACUGCCGUUAUCAGCGAUUCCGCUGCUGCUGUUGCUGCUGCUGCAACGGGCUAACGCGGAAGCCGGACCUUCUAUAAUCGGCGGUGAGCUUCCACAGCUGCAGCAGUUCCAAACCCGCUCGCCGCUGGACCUGCGUCCCAGGCUCUCGGCGUCCCAGCAGACCCAGAUUCUCAGCGAUGUUCAACAGCACCAGCAGUUCAGCUUCCCGUCGUCCGAGGGAUCGAUACCGACCACCAACAGUCCCUUCUCGUCCCUCGCUCGCUACAAAGUCGACCGCAAGAAGCAGAACCAGCAGCUUCAGCAGAGGAUCCAGCAGUUCCCCGUGAACAACUUCAACCAGCCGGCUCCGCAGCUGCUGAACAUCCCCAACGAUUUCUUCGGUGCCGAUCAUCAGCAGCCCAGCCAACAGCUUCAGGACUACUACGAGAAGCAGCGGCAGUUGGAGAUCCUCCAGAGACAGAGGGAACAGCUGCUUCUGGAGCAGCAGGAGCUUCGACGUCAGCAGGAGCUCCUGAGACUCCAGCAACAACAGCUCAGGUCGACGAUCUUACCGCCCGUCACGACGACUACUACCAUCCCUACGACCACGGCGUCGUCGAUUCUGCUCUCCUCGCCGACGGCUAGACGGAUCACACCCUCGGAGAACGACAUCUUCCUCAGGGCGAUUGCCACCCACCAGAAGAAGUUCACCACCACCCAGAAGCCGCCCACGACUAAAGCUCGCCAGGAGCGAGUCCAGGGCCAGAACGACCAGCCGGCCAUCCCCAAGGACCUGCUCUCCCUCAUCCAGGCCCAGCAGAACCAGGCCGGAAAGUCCAAGCCGCAGAUAAAGUUCAUCUACCAAACGGAGAAACCCCCGACGUCCUCGAGCAAAGCCUCCGCCGGUGGCUCGUCCGACAGAGACCUGCUGCUGAAGCAGCUGAAACUGGCCCUGGCUCAGUCGGGCCUCGACGACAAGGAGAGGAACGUCACCACCCGGGACAUCGUUCUGCCCAACGGCAAGAAGCUCCAGGUCAUCCACGCGCCCAAUGGACUGCCUUCCAACUCGGCUGCUACGACCACUACCAUCAAGCCACCCAAGGCCAUUUUCGAGGAGCUCACCAAGGGAGUCGUGCCUCCCGGCGCGGAUUUCGAAGUCCUGAGGCAGAGCAACGACGGCAAGCUCGAGGAUCUCGGCAAGAACGGACUUCAGAACCAGCCGGCUAAAAAGGUCACCUUCGUCGUCCUCGAGGAGCAGGCCGAUGGCAGUUACAAGGUCCAAGGCGUAAAGGGCAACGCGGAGAAGGACUCCGGCACCGACGUCGACUCCAUCGUCGAGCGCAUCAAGAAGGGCGAGCUCAAGCUCCCGCCCAGCAGCAAGCACCCGACUACCUCCACCAGCGCACCGGUACGAACCCAAUCCGCCGAUUCCUCGGACAUCUCGCCCAACACCCUUCCAACCACCUUCAGACCAACCGUCCCGACGACUCGAAGCAGUCCCCAGGUGUCGAUCUCGCCCAACUCCGUAUCGUCCACCGACAAGUACGUCACCUCUGCCUCCUCGAUCUCGGGCCACGUCCUCAACUCCGUCAGCAGCACCACCUCCAAGCCCCCAGCCGUCAGUCACGUGACCGUCAAGUACCCGAGCUCCUCGACCACAGGCUUCGACAGCAACGAGAUCCGUCUCUCCAGCACUACCCCAGCCUCGAGCUUCAGCCACUCCAACAGCUUCGUCGACUUCAAAUCCAGCUUCCCACCGACCAGCAAGAAGCCCACAUCGACCGGUCAGAACUACGCCGUAAACCGCGAGAGCCUGUCCAAUCUGCUCAGGAGAGAGGGACUCUUUGCCAUGGCCAAGUAUCUCCGGCAGUCGGGACUGGACAAUGUGCUCAACGAGACCGGUCCAUAUACGAUAUUCGUACCGACCGACAAGGCUUUCCGAACGCUGCUGGUGCAACUCGGCGGCCCCGAAAAGGCCGAGCAGAAAUUCAAAGACAAUCCGAGACUCCUCAGCGGGCUCCUGCUGCAUCACGUCGUGCCGGGAGCUUUCAAGAUCGAAAGCCUGCAGGACGAGAUGACCGGCGUGAGUCUCGCGGGUACCCAGCUGCGCGUCAACGUCUACUCGAUGCACGACCACGAGUGGAACGACAUCAAGGUAACGACCGUCAACGGCGCGCGAGUAGCCCCGAACAAGCGCGACGUCGAGAUCCCCCAGGGUCUGGCCCACGCGAUAGACCGAGUGAUGUUCCCGCUACCGGUCGGCGACCUGGUGCAAACCCUGCAAGCCGAUCGCGAGCGGAGGUUCUCCACUUUCCUCAAGCUCCUCCACGCUUCCGGCCUCGAGGACAUGCUGUCGGGCACGAAGACCUUUACCGUGUUCGCGCCGACGGACGCGGCUUUCGUCGAGGCGGCAACAAAGAACGGAGGCACGCCGAUCUGGCAGGAGUCCGACGGUCCCGAGGCCGCUAAGGAAAUAGUCCUGAGGCACGUCAUUCCCACGACUCUUUACACCGCCGGCAUGAGGUAUUACCACCAGAAGGAAACGCUCAGGCAGCAAGUGCCCCUUCAAAUACAGAAGACUGGAGGACGCAUUCGGGUCAACGAGGGACACAUAAUCACGUACAACGUGCCAGCGACAAACGGAGUUUUGCACGCAGUCGACGCAGUAAUGUGACAGUCUACUUAGUCCGCGCUUCUCUUUCGUAAUAACAAAAACUCAUACAUUCUACAAGAAAAAACAGGAAAAAAAAAACAGCGAACGUGGAAAAGCCCCACACGAGGUUUUCGGAUGUUCGCGAAAACCGCUUGCCCUGCGGCUGUACCUGAUACACGAGGAAAAAAAACCUGACGAAGAAGGAUGAACAUUGCAACGAUUAACGGCACUUAUACAUACGAUUGGAUAUUAUAUUAUUAUUAUGUUAUACGUAUAGGUAUGUAAGAAAGACUGGAAAUUGAAUUAGGAAAUGUGAAAUGCCAUAAAAGUUCCGACGUAGAAAGAGGAAGAAAACAUACACACACGCGUCGAUCUUGCUUCAUCUGCCGGUUUAAUAUUUAAGACUAAUUUUCGUUUCCUCUAUACUAAUUUAUAUACUUUACACUAAAAAAUCAUUACACACACCAACAUACGAAGCAUUUUUACACGUGCAAGCACUUUUCACACGCAAACACUACUUAGUUUUACGAAAAAGUAUGUAUUAUUUUAUAAAUAAAUGUACAGAAUUUUUUA